AUAGCAGACGCCAUUAAAGCUCCCUGAACCACUAACAGGAACCUCAACUGGACGAUGGGGACAAGAAUAAAGAUCUACGCCCAGGAUGUUGAGCUUUCUUUCGUCCCCCCUGUAACUGGGGAAAGCCAAAAGAAAAGCAGGCUGAAACUCGGCGGCUGA